AUUUAAAACGGGAAAGAAAGUUUUAAUCUGAAAUUCUGAACUGAGCUUGAGAGCUUAUUUAUUUUUAUUUAUUAUAUUAUAUUUAUAUUAUUAAUUAACUAUCAAUAAAAUAAGCAGAAAAUCGUUGUCACUCACUAUUUUAAUUAGGCUUGAAUUUUGUUGCAAAGAAGAAAUAAUCAGUAAUUAUAUAAUAUUAUAUAUAUAUUAUAAUAAGUGAAAUAAUUUAAUAAAAUUGAUAAGAAACAAUGUUUAGACCAGUUGUAGAAUCAGAUGAGGUGUUUGAUUUGUUGUUCAAGCUGGUGCUGAUUGGGGAUGCAGGGGUGGGCAAGACGUGUCUGGUCCAGAGGUUCAUGGGUGGGUCCUUCAUAGAACGGCACAGCAGCACAAUUGGAGUUGACUUUACCAUGAAGACCAUCACCAUCGAUGGCAAGAAAGUUAAGCUUCAAAUUUGGGACACAGCUGGCCAGGAAAGAUUUCGCACAAUAACACAAAGUUAUUAUCGAAGUGCUAAUGGGGUUAUUCUUGCUUUUGACACAACUCGAUAUGAGACAUUUCUCAACUGUGCCAGGCUUGUUCAUGUUUCAUAUCUUUGUUUAUAUUUCAUAUCUUUGUUCAUGUGGUUUGAGGAUGUGAAGAAGUAUGCCACGCCGAAUGCUCUGGUCAUUUUAGUGGGUAAUAAAAAUGACUUAACAGAACUAAGAAAUGUCCCAGAGAAUGAAGCCCGACAGUUUUGUGAACAAAAUCAAAUGACUGGUUACGUUGAGACCAGUGCAAAGGACAACACUCACACGCAAGAAGCUUUUAUGGAAAUUGCAAAAUUUGAUAAAAAGUUAAUCGUGCCUCGUUUGAAAGAAAUUAGUUUGAAUUGGUGCUACAUAGAAUUUCAUAAUUGUCCAAAAUGA